AUGGUUGACCAGGUCGACGACACGCUUUCGUUCGACUAUGGACCGCCCGCGCCGACAUUCAAGGACAAGCAUGCGGAGCGCACAUACUUGAAGGAGAGGCUGGCGCUGGCGUACCGCGUCAUUGCCCACGAGGGCAUGUGCGAGGGAACGGCCGGACACCUCACUGUGCGCGACCCCAUCAAGCCAGACUGCUUCUGGGUCAACCCCUUUGGCCUCCACUUCUCGCGCAUGACGGCGUCGGACCUCCUGCUCAUCGACCACGCUGGCAAGAUUGUCGACGGCGGCAAGCCCGAGCGCCAGCGCUACAACGCCGCCGCCUUUGUGAUCCACAGCGCCAUCCACGCUGCCCGGCCAGAGGUCAAUGCCGUGGUACACGCCCACUCGCCCUCGGGCAAGGCGUGGAGCACGCUCGGCCGCCCGUUCCCGUUCUACACCCAGGACUCGGCCGUCUUCUACGACGACAUUGGGCACUAUGCCGCACACGGCGGUGUGGUGCUGAGCAGUGCCGAGAGCGCCGAGAUUGUCACUGCGCUGGGUAACGCCAAGGCCCUGGUGAUGCAAAACCACGGACUGCUGAGCGUGGGCGGGUGCAUCGAGAGCGCUGUUGCGUGGUUUACCCUACUGGAAAACGAGUGCAAGUGCAUCCUCACCGCUGAGGCCGCUGCAGCCAUGACAGGCUCGAAGCCCGUGGCACUGCGUGAGGAGGUGGCGCAGUUUACUUGGAAGGAGACCGGCUCCGAGGAGGCGGGACGGUUCGAGUCCCUCGCAGUGUUCGACCUUGUGGAAGAGCUGUGUAAUGCUGCGCACAAGAAGUAG